AAGUUAACAAUUAAUAAACAAAGCGCAAUUUGUUCCUUAAAGGUGAAGGUUAAAUUAAAGAGAAACUGCAAAAAAAACUGGGUAUUUCUGCAUAAGGGGUUCAUUAUACAUUAAAAAUAGAACAAAAGAUUAAUAGUAAUCAAGACAAAAACGUAGUGUGACACCCAACAUUAUAAAAGUAGCUAAAGAUCAAUUUAUAAAAGUAACUAUAAAGUGAAAUCUUCUUUACUGCAGCAAAAUUAAAUCAAAUUCGUUCAAGUAAAGUUAAAAAACGUUAAAAAAUGACUGUAUUCAGCCGGUUUCCGAGGAUGAGUAGCAACUAAAAAAUCGAAAUUAACAAAACAUCAUUAGAAAAACUGGUUGAGCGGACAAAUUCAAUUUCAAAUUUUUGGCUCAAACAAAAGAGUAUUUAUCUGACGAUCUAAGAACGAAAAGACUUUGCUAGAGCGUACAGUGCCAACAAUUAAACAUGGUGAAGAUAAUGUUAUAAAUUUUGGGGAUGUUUUGGGAAUAAUAAGCCAGGAAAAUAUAAGAUAUCUAUAGGAAUACCUGUUCAAUGUACAACAUAAAUUCCGACAAACAAGCUUCUUCUCCCACUUAUCUAAAAGCUAACCGUAGUUAUUACUUGGAGGUUAUUGUGAGAACCGCUUCAAGCGAUGGGUGGUCUUCGUUGGCUGUUACAUUGCCAAAUAACUCGAGCGUUGGACCAGUUCAAAAUUAUUUACUUGGUUCUAUAAGAAGUUGUACUGGAUGCAUUUUAACUAAUAAUGAAAAGUGUUUUUAUCUAAAUACAAAUGAUGGAAUUUGCAUCUGUGGAAAUGGUUACAUCUUAAAAAAUGACCAAUGUGCAGAUAUAGAUGAGUGUGCUGAUGGAAGUAAUGAUUGCUAUGGUAACCAAAUUAGUUGUAUAAAUACAUUAGGGAGUUACAACUGUUCUUGUAAUAACAAAUGUUUGGUUGUUGUAUCUAAUACUGAAGGACAAUGGUGCAUGGAAAAAAAUACUUCAGAUGAUACCUGUAAACCUACUUUAAACGUGAAUUUUGUUGGAUCUUUGGAAGGAAAAUCAUUAUCAUUAAAGUUGGAUAUCUAUUUUAUGUAUAACUUUUCGGUGGAUGCUCAAAAUGUUAUCAUUGAAUACUUUCUACCUUCCUUUAUAUCAGUGUCUGCUGAAAUCAUCCCUUUUGGAUUUACAAGUAUCAGUCAGUUAAAAUACAUGAACAAGUUGUUGAGGUUCAACAGAAGUGCAAAUCAUAUCAUGAAUGUCUCAAUAAACUAUGAAUUGCGUUCCUUCGAAAAAUUUGCCAUAGAAAUUCCUAUUAUAGUGAGUUUUCAAAAUUUGGGUGGAAAAUCUUGGAGUAUCUUCAAAAUAUAUUCAAACCAGGUUGAAUUUCAAACUUCAAAAUCAUUAAAGAUUAAUAAAGAUCCGUUUGCACUUCUAGGAAGUUAUGGUCGUGGUUUAUAUUGGGAUGAAAUCAAUUUAUAUAUCUAUGUUUGUAUGAAUCAACAUGUUGCAAGCACUAGAGCAGCCUGUUACUAUUCUAAUAAUGAUGGCAAAUCAUGGACAGCUUUAGAUUUACAAGUUGGAUCAAUUAUUGGUCACCAUUUGUUAUCAAAUGAAUUAUAUGCAGUACAUCGCAACGAAAAAUUGUAUUUGAUGUUUCAUAAAUAUCAUAAAAAGUGGUUUGCAAUAACAAAUGAGGAGUUUGUAAAAAACGUUUUAAAAAACAUUAACUUUAACUUUUGGAAAAACUUAGAAAAUGAUGAAAAUCAAGUGUUUACAUUAAGUUCAAAACAAUGGAUGGGUAACGCAUAUGGUUUGUUCUUUCGUAAUACAUCUCGUGAUACUUGGUUAUUAAGAGUAAAAUGGCCGAAAUAAUUUUAAACAUUUUGUUCCUGAUAAAUAACUGUUCCAGAUAAACAAUUGCUCACGGUAAAUAAAUGUUAACGAUAAACAACUGUCCACGAUAAGCAAACGUUCACGAUAAAAUAUUGAUCAAUAAAAAUGAAGAUUAAAAGUACGGUGAAGAUUACGAAUGAUAAGCAAUUAAUAGUAACUAUAAUAACAUAAUUAACAUAAAUUAACAGGGAUUAACAAUAGUUAUUACCAUUUACUUAUUUGACAUUUUCUAGCUUUUUUUAUUUCAUUUUAUUUUAUGAAUGUGGUAUUUUUGUGUUUACUUAUCAAUAUAAUAGGAAUAAAAUCUCUAUUAUUGUGUGCAUUUAAUCAAGAAUGCUCUUUAACUUU